CGCUAACUGGCUUUCACUUCGUCCUCCCUCCCCCUUCUCCUAUUCCCCUUCCUCCCGCCAUUCGCUCCCUUCCGCCAGUCUCCCCCUUCCGCCAACCUCCUCCUUCCAUCACUCUCCCCUCAAGGCGAUCUUCCGCUUCCUCCCCCUCCCGCCAAUCACCCUCGUCUCCCUCGCGUUCGCUCCUAGCCACUCUUCCUCCUGCAGCAUGACUGCUAAAACAGAGUUUGCUACUAACGAGGAUCUGAUCGCAAUGGAUCAGCUAGCAGCUGACCUUGGGGCUACUAGUACAGAUUGCGGAACGGCUACAAUCGAGGAUAACCUGAUUCGCUUAUCUCCGUUAGAUGCAGUGAUGGGUCCUUUUGGAUUCACAAUUCUCUACAUAUUCCCGCCUCCCGAAAAUAAAGGUAGCUUUACCUCCAGGCCAGAUUCCCUUACCGAGUCAACCAAGGAGUUUAGUAAUCGGCCUUAUGACUUAGACCGGCUCCGCUCCUCAUUCAUGGAGUUAAUCGAACAGGAUUACCCGAUAAUGCUCGGCAAAUUGCACGUCGAUCCGGUAACCGGUGUAACGAGCGUGCUACAAACGAGGGAGUGUCUAGCUGCCGGCGCGAAGGCAAUCAGAUUUCUUCAAGAUCCGAUCUCCGCUCUCACAACUGCAGAUGCCAUGGGGUCCCUACCUAUGUCGUUAAUGCCGCCGGAGCGCGAACCGACGGAGUUAAUCUCCGUUAAGACUACUAUUUUAGCGGAUGGCGGAAUGGCGAUCGGAGUGAAUCUCAGCCAUUGUUUGGUGGAUGGAGAGGCGAUGUUCACUUUUAUGAAGACGUGGGGAAUGCGGUACAGAGGGGUGAAUGGCGGUGCAGAGCAGCAGCAGCAGCAUGUAAUUAAUCACGAUAAAUCGCUGCUGUUUGGCAAGGGGAAUGAAUCCAUGUUGCCCCAUCCAGAGUUUAAGGUUCUAGAAUCUUCUCCUGAAUUUGCGCAAGCAGCAGCAGCAUCAGAAGCACCAGCAGCAGCAGACACAGCAGGAUCAUCAGGAGCAGCAGCACCAGCAGCACCAGCAGCAGCACCAGCAGCACCAGCAGCACCAGCAGCAGCACCAGCAGCACCAGCAGCGGCAACAUCAUCAGAAGUAGCAGCAGCAGCAGCAGCAGAAUUAUCACCAGCAGAAACAGCAGCAACAGCACCACCACCAGAAGCAGCUCCUGUGUUCCCUCCGACCUCCCAUUCCAUCUUCCACCUCUCCCCUGAACAGCUCAAGAUGCUCCGAUCCGUUGCAUCCGGGCCGUCGGAUGGCUCUAUCGCAUCAGAGCCGUUGGAUGCCGGAUCGGAAGAUCAACGGACAGAUCAUGACCCUCAAGCAGCGACAUACAUCAGUACCAUUGACUCCCUAUCAGCCUUAAUGCUCCUCCUAAUCUCGCAAGCCCGAGGCCACAAUAAAGGCGUCCGUUUCACAACAGGGGUCAACGGCCGGAGGAGAUUAAUCCCUCAACUACCGCAAAAUUACUGCGGAAACGUCAUUUUCAACGCCCUGUCGAGCUAUUCCGCCUCAGAGCUCAGCGAAACAACUGCAGAUGCACUGCACAUUAUCGCAAGAAAAAUCCGCCAAUCCAUUAUAAGCUGCUCCGAUAAGCACAUGCGCGACGCUAUAGAAUUCCUCGCAGCACAGCCAAACCUCGCAGCCGUGCGAGUGGGGACGGAUUUUUUCUUCGGGGAUGACAUCAUGCUGACGUCAUGGGCGAAUCUAGGCAUGUACGAUGCGGAUUUCGGCUCCAGGCCGUGGUAUGUGGGGGUGCCGAUGCUGCCAUGCUGCGAUGGCAUGGUGGUGGUGAUGGAGGGGAUCCAGGGGGCAGAGGGGCUGGACGUGCUGCUGCUGCUGGAGAGUGAAGCUUCGGAGAGGUUCAAGAGGCUGUGGAAUGCAGUCCCAUUCUGGCAGUGAUAUCAACAGAUUCUGAAUCUAGGGGAUUGAGGUCAUUUUUUAGAAUUCUAAAAAAUGACUUAACUGUAAAUAGAUUCUGAAUCUAGGGGAUGGAGGUGCCAGGCCGUGGCACCUAUAUAUGGGGGUCGUGAGUCUCCCAUGCUGCGAUGGCAUGGUGGUGGUGAUGGAUGGGAUACAGGGGGAGGAAGGGCUGGACGUGCUGCUGCUGCUUGGAGCUGGAGCGUCAGAGAGGUUCAAGAGGCUAUGGGCUAAGGUCUCAUUCUGGCAGUAGUACGGUUUUGCCAAACGGAUUCACAGAUGGGGGCUCCCAUGCUGCGAUGGCAUGGUGGUGGUGAUGGAUGGGAUACAGGGGGAGGAAGGGCUGGAUGUGCUGCUGCUGCUUGGAGCUGGAGCGUCAGAGAGGUUGAAGGAACUAUGGGACGAGGUUCCGAUUCUGCAGGGUGUUUUUGAGAACUCUCAAAAACACCCUGCAAAAGCUAUGGGACAAGGUUCCGUUCCAGGCAGGUGGUGGCAUGGUGGUGGCAUGGUGGUGGCAUGGUGGUGGCAUGGUGGUGGCAUGGUGGUGGCAUGGUGGUGGCAGGUGGUGGCAGGUGGUGGCAUGGUGGUGGCAUGGUGGUGGCAUGGUGGUGGCAUGGUGGUGGCAUGGUGGUGGCAUGGUGGUGGCAUGGUGGUGGCAUGGUGGUGGCAUGGUGGUGGCAUGGUGGUUGAAGUGGAGGGGAUCAAGGGAGCAAAGGGGCUGUACGUGUUGCUGCUGCUUGAAGCUGGAGCGUCAGAGCGGUUGAGAAGGCUAUGGGGUUAGGUGAGGUUCCGUCCUGGCAGUGACACAACAUCCUAGAUGGAUGGUGGGAUGAUGGUUGUGGUGAUGGAGGGGAUCCAGGGGGACGUAAGGGGUUGGACGUGCUGCUGCUGCUGCUGCUGCUUGAAGCUGGAGUCUCAGAGAUGUCCAAACAGCUGUGGGGUGACAACCCGUUUCUGUGCUGAUGUGAAUCAGGUCGCAUAGUACAGUACAGUGCAGCUACAGUGGAUAAGUAUCUUCAAUCAAUUGGUAAUGUAUGU